UCUAUCCUCCUCAUUCCCAUACAAAGCUUCAAGAAGAAAAAACCGAAACCGCUCUUUCCAUUUAUCAAUCACCAGUUUCUUAUAUUUUCUCACUUUUUUCUUGAAAAUAAAGUUUUGUGGGUCUUGCUUGGAUUUAAGUUUCUGGGUCCUUUGUCCUUUUGGUUUUUCUUGAAUAAGCGCAAGAAAUAGGGUUCUUGAUCUACAAAGAGGAGGAAUCCGUGGGUUUUGUUUUGGUUUGAUGUUAUAAGGUUGAAUUUCACAUUUCCUGAAAUUUUGUUUUGUCGGUCUUUCUUGGAUUUCAGUUUUGAGGUCCUUUGAAUUAGGGUUCUUGAUCUCCAGAAAAAGGAGAAAUUUUGUGGGUUCUUUAAUUUGAUGCUAUAGGGUUGAAAAUUUGAAGAAUCUUGAAGAAAUGUCUUGUUCUUUGAAGGCUGGAUUUCCUGUUUCUGUGUCCGAUGAGACGAUUAUCAAGAACAGACCCAUAGGGUAUUUUGGGGUUUGUCCUUCAAUUGUGAACCUUCAGUUUGCACAUUCAAAAUCAAGAGAGUUUAUGGGAAAGCCCAUACAAUUUUCAGAUCAGAAAUUCUUUAGCAAUCGGAAUGCUAAAGCUUCAAGACAUAUCCCUACCCAUUAUGCACAGGCUUCAAUAUGCAUUAGCAGAGGCCUAAGAUGGUGGGAAAAGACCCUUAUGCCCAACAUGAUAGAGAUCCAUUCUGCACAAGAACUUGUUGGUUCUUUGUUAAAUGCUGGUGAUAGAUUGGUUAUAAUUGACUUUUACUCCCCUGGUUGUGGAGGCUGCAAAGCAUUGCAUCCUAAGAUCUGUCAACUGGCUGAAUCAAACCCGGAUGCAAUUUUUCUCAAGGUUAAUUAUGAAGAACUUAAGACCAUGUGCCAUAGUCUGCACAUUCAUGUCCUUCCCUUCUUUAGGUUCUAUAGAGGUGCAGAGGGCAAAUUAUGUAGUUUCAGCUGUACUAAUGCAACUAUCAAGAAAUUCAAGGAUGCAUUAGCAAAAUAUGGGACAGAAAGGUGUUGUCUUGGUCCUGCCAAAGGUCUUGAGGAUUCAGAAUUAAUGGCUUUAGCUUCAACUGGUCAGAUUUCAAGAAAGUUACAGCCAAAUUUCACCAAGGGAGAUAAUGAAAAGGAAGAAUCGGUGCUGAAAGAGAUUAUUCUUUCAAGCAAGGAGACUAAAAUGGGAUUUAAGGAAGGAAAUGCAGUAUUGAUGGCCUAAACCUAGAGGAAAAUUGAAAUAUUAUUUUUAUGGAGUAAAAUAGCUCCAAUUUUAUUUAUUUUUCUUUUUUGUGAUUAGAUGUAAAUAUUUGAUUUAUGGGAUUUCCAAAAGCAGGGCUUUGAAUUUUUUGGAUAAGGCCUGCAGAUUUGGUUAAUCUGUCUUUGGUUCUGUAGUUUGAAAUUCAAUGGAAAAAAUUAUCCUUUUCUGAAUAUAUUUCUAUUUGGUAA